ACGAACGUCAAUAGCUUUGAUACACGCACGUACAAGCACAGGCAUACGUAAUGUGUCAUGUCUCCCGUCUCGCAGAAAAGUGAAGUGAGAAUAUGGACAAUCAGUAUCUUAGAGACCGUCUCUGUCGUCGGUCUUUUCAUUUAUAUCUGUAGUGUGUAAAUGUGUGUCCCAGAAUUUUGACGGAAUACAGAGGUCCUUCGCAGUCGGACACAAGAAAAUGGCGGACGGUGCUACGGCAAAAGGGCAGGGACGUUCCAAGAGAUGAGGCUUGGUUUCAACCAGCAUGUGAUUUAACAAUUACCAAAACGACUGGUAGAUCGUUGAAUUAUUCGUGGAAUUACCGAUUGACUGGAAAUCAGUGAAAAUGCCUUAUUAAAGUUCUCCUGUUUUUGUGACCGCGUGGUGGUUCUAUUUCUUGGUUUAUUUUGUUUCUUGAAGUGUGUGAAGGUGUGAUGAACCUGGGAGGCUUGCUGGAGAAAAUAUAAUUGCAAUUUCUCAGUGUUUGUGAAGUGUUGAGGAUUGUUAGUGACAUAUAACGAAGUUGAAGCCAUUUUGAGUUUUGCAGAAGGAUAUUUUGCUGGAUCUGUCUACGACAUACAAAUCCGAGAAUGGCAAUCAGGUAGUGAAAAUUCAUUGUAUAGGAUUCAACUUUUACCUAAACAACGAUAUUAUCUGUAAUCAAAGAUGUGAACUGCCGGGUGAUAGUACGUAAUGAAGCCACAAAAGAAGGCUACUGUUGCGCAAAAGGCGCCAAAGUCGCCAUCGGUUGCCAACACGCGUCGCCAAUUAACCGAUAAAUCAUUUAUUGACGGAAAAAAAGAGAGUAAAAAAUUUAAAAGAAUUGACAAAACUGAUGAACCCAAGAAAAAAUUGGAAUUCGACAAGAAAAGAUUAGAGAGAAAAAAAUUAACUGAGGAAGGGAAAAAAAUGGAUGACAGCAAGAAAAAAGAAAAAUGUGAGAAACUUGAUUCAAAAAAAUUUCAGCAAACAUUCAAGGAUAUGGAUAAGAAGAGUGAAAAUAUUGAAGAAAAAAUAUCGGAAAGGGCUGAAGACCCCUGUUCAGACCCAGCAUUGCUUUCAGAUAAGAGGAAAUAUCAAAAAUCAGAAGAUAAGCAAAAACUGGAGAAGCAACACGUAGACAAUAAAAAGAAAGUUGACAAAAUCGAAGAUAAAAAAAAAUUGAUCAAGGGAGAAAUGAAUGAAUGCGAGUCAAUGUUGAAUUCUCCAUUGUCUGAUGAAUCCAAAUUUGACGAUAAAAUUCCAGUUCCAGUGGUAAAGAAAAAACUUAAAGAAGAGAAGAGAAAGGAAUGCAAAGACAUAAAGACCAAUAGUUCGACCAAAGAAAAGAAAUUAGAAAAAAAAUCAUUGGAGGUUAUUAGAAAAGCUAAAGUAGCAGUUCAAAGAAAAGUUUCAAAAUCUUCUCAAAAGAAGCCCUCGAUUAAGAAAACAGUUUUAGCCAAAAAAUCUCCAUUAGCAAAGAAGCUGCUUGAAAAGAAAAUUAAACUAGUCAAAAGCACAUUAACGAGGGAAGAAAAUUCCUCAUCCUCUCCAGAAGACAGUGAAAUUAUCAAUCCAAAGAAAAAGGGGCUUGUGGAAAAAUCAAAAACUAACUGUGUGCAAAAGGUAAAAUUAGCGAAACAACUGAAAGUAAAACUCGCUCCAAAGAAUGGAAAAAUUAAAAAUGUCAUAAAGACGGAAAAACUGAGAAAAAUAACUGAUAGAGCGGCUAAAAAGGGACAAGAUGUAAAAGAAUUAGACAAAAUGGCAGAAUGUAAAAAAUUAUUGAAAGAAGUAUCAUCUAUCAACGAAGGAUUGAAAUUGGAAAUUGCAGAAAAAGACAAUGAAGAGCAACAUUCAAAAUGUUUACUGGAUACUAAUAAGCUGGCUAAGGUAUCAUCCAAGCCGAAAGCCAAAAGGAUUGUCCGAAAAACAGCAAAAACUUGGGUAAAAUGUCUCGAUGAAGAGGGUCAAAUGUCUGGUAAAAGUGGAAAUCCUUCACCAAAGCAUGAGAAUAUACCGAAAUCUCCCAUAUCGAAUCUUAAAAAUAGUGCUGAUGAUUCUUCCGAAUUAAAUUUAAAAAUUGAAAUAACAACCGGUAAUAGUUCGAGUAGUGAUAAUCCUCCUUCGUCGAGUGAUUCUGAUCACGACUACAUUGACUCCUCACAACGACGAAAGAAGAAAAAGAAGCGGAAGGAGGACGAAGAGGGCCCUGAAAAUUCAUCAAACGAUGAACGUGCAAGACGAAUGCGAUUAUUUGGAUUUUGGAGUGGGCCAAAACGUCAUCGCGUUGCAUCAUUAAAUGCCCUGGCAAAAGUUCACUGUCUCUAUGAAAACGAAGCAGGUGGUGUUUAUCUCGGGGGUUUCUGCAAGCCAAAACCAGAGAAAGACACCAAAUCAAAGAAGACACCAGCUAAAGAAGAGAAAGAAGAGUCCUCGACGCGAAAAGAAAAGGAUAAGAAGCCAGAUGGGCCUGGUAAAACUGGCCCGGGCUCCAAUAAUAUAUCCAAGAGAAACUUGAGAAAUGUACCGGGUUUGAGAGGAAAACACUGGGACAUGAUGGAGUGCUCCUCUUCUUCUUCUUCAUCCUCUGAAGACGAGCCUGGUCAGAGGAAUGAGAGAAACGUUAAACGUGGAAGAAAGAAAAAUACAACUAGAAAAAAAAAGAGCGAGGAGGUUAUGGAUCUCAAGGACAUGGUUGUUUGCAAAAGAAUGGCUAGUUUAAAUGCAUCUGCUAUAUUAGCAGCUUCUUACUCUGAUGAGAAAAAUCGGCAGACUAGCUCGGAGGAUACAGAGAGUGAGUCCAGUGAAGUUGAGAUUAUCAAAAGACGAAAGCAAGUCGAUAAUGAUUGUGAUAAAGAUAAGAAAAAAACUAGAUUGAUCAACGAUGAUGAUGUACUCAAGCCUGGAAAAAAGAUGGUGGUUUUGAAUCAGGACACAGAUGUCACGAUUACUGGUGUCUAUGUUAAUCAAACCCGGUCAACCCAUCAUGAGGGUUUCUGCAGUAUUGCUGGAAUGCAAUAUAGAAUCAGUUCAACGAGCCACACACAAACGGCUGCUACUGCUGUAGCCACGGAGCUUCAUGAACAAAAAGUGGAACAGCCGUGUAAGUCUUACACACCCCUCGGAGCCCUCUCGUCAAUGCAACCACCAGGAAGCCAAGUAAAUCACGCAGAUAUGUCACCCCGCAGACAUUCGGCUUUCAGUGCUCCUCACCAGCAUGGAUAUUAUCAGCCAGCUGGCCCACUAAUACAACAUCCUCCCACAUUGCCCCCGGUCAAAGCACCACCGCCAGAGCCAACACCCACGCCACCCCAAAAUUCCGAAGGCUCGGACGAUCUCAUUGCAAGCUCAACCACUUCUGGUGGAACAAAUACGACAGCCGGUGGAUUCUAUCGUGCCUACUGCCCUCAAUAUUACGGCACACCUCCACAGUACCAGGAACUGUGUUAUCCACCAACAUAUCCGCAUCCGCAUUCACAUCCACCACCUUUCUACAAGUACGCACCAGCCUACAGAAGGCAAUACUUUAGCUACCCCGAUUCUGGUGGUGCUGCAGGUGGCGGUGGUGGCGGUGGAGGUGUUUCUUCAGGAGGCUCAGCCGUUGACUAUCAACCGCCACCUCCGCCUCCUCCGGGAGAAUACCCGAUGCCUCCUUACUACAGCGCCUACCCUCCACCACCACCACCACCUCCUCCUCCCCCCAAUCCUGCAUAUCUUCAUGCCCAAGGUCGCCCGAUAGUUGAGCACCCGACAUUUCAGGGCUGCCCAUGCCCCAUGCAAUCAUGUCCAAAAAACGUGGAUACUGGACCCCUUAUUGGUAAUGGUAAGGGGGCGCCAGUGGCAUCUGGGCCAGGUCUGUCAUUGCCACCCAGUGCAUUGGUAGGUCCACCAUCGCCAGCGAGGGGACUCGCUGGUUUAGCUCCACCACACGGCGCCAAUGCAUGGGAUACAGAUCGUGUCCAACAAAACACGCAUCGCAACCUCAAUCAAAACCAAGCAAAUUCGAUUUUGAAAAUCCAAUAUCACGAUAAAUGCAGCAAAGAAGAUAAAGAUAAAAAGGACGAGGGAAAGGAGGAUAAAAAUUAUCCGAGAUGCUUGUGUGAAAAACGCGUUUGUACUUCCACUUGUGAAGUUGUGAAAAAGGAAAAAUUAUUACCCUCAGAACAAGUUACACUGCAAACAAUCAACUUAUCGGAAAACCUUCAUGGUGUCAAACUUGAAAAUAACAAUGUUAAGUGCGAAUCCUGUAGUGUUGGUGUAAACAAAAAUUUAUCGUGUACAGCAAACUGUAAUGUUGAGUGUGACAAUGAUUACAAAUGUGAUAUCAUCAAGUGCGAACAGUGUAUUAAAGAUGGACAAAUAGCAAUACUUGAAAUUGACAAAGACUCAGGAGGAAUUCUUCUCAUCGACGAUAAACUAGAUGAAAACUGUGUUAAAGAGGAAAUAGCUGAUCAUGUUGGAGUUGAUAAUGAUAAUUGGGACAAACCGGAUUACGAAGCAACUGUUGUCAAUGAAUCAGUUGGUGAUGAAGAGAGGAAGCUCAUAAUACAAGAUGAAGAAUCAAAGUGCCAGAAAUUGGCCAAGAGAAAAUUGUCGUUGGACAGUUUGUCUGACAGUUCAAAAAAUAAAAAGGUAGAUAAGAGGACCCUUUCAGUGGGAUCAACGAGAGAUAAUCAACAAGACAAACUCCUCAAUCCUAUGAAUGGUAGACAUGUAGAUAUCAAAGUUUCAGUGAAAAAGAAGAAUAAUCAAGUGAAGAGAAAAGCUGAUGACAUGAAUCCAUUGGAGGCAAACAAUAAAAAAAUGAAGGGGAAACAAAAUUCUACUCUAAAUUGUUUAAAAAAAGCUGCCAGUGAGACUUCCAUUAUGGAGACCAUUGAUAAUGUCAUUCAGCAAAGCCUCCAGAUGGCUAAUAGGAAAGAUGAUAAAGUGAAGUGUAAGGAAAAUGGAGGAACAGCCACCAAGAAAAAAACCAUUAACAUUCUGUCGAUGAUAAAAAAAGUUCCCAAGGCAAUAGUCAAAGCUGUUGUCACUGAUGAAAUUUGCAUGAAAACUGAGACAAAGUCCGGUAAGGACGUGAAAAAUAAUAAAAUUGAAUCAAAAAUUAUGAAAACCAAGAAUUUGGAAAACAAAAGUAAAAUUGGCAAAAUUAAUAAUAAAAUUCAUCAACUCAGUAAAAUAAAUGAAUGUAAAAAAUUAGAUGAAACGUGUGAGGAUGUUAAAAAAACUGCCUUACCCAAAAAAAAGAAAAAUAAUAAUAAUAAUAUUAAUAAUUAUAAUAAUAAAAGUACAAAAAAAGCAGGAAGCUGCAAGAAAUCGGGCAAGACUGAAGAGAAUAUUGUUACUAGUGAUAAUAGUAUUCUCGUUAGGAGGCCAUUUCUUAAACCCAAGUGGAGUAAUGGUUGGAGUUGGGAUGGAGAGUCGUACGAGGCCAAAGUUUAUUUAACAAAUGAGGAAUCAGCCAUGCGAAGAUGUUAUGCAGCGAUGAAACACGUUAGCGGUGACGUGUUACGACCAAGAGACUGCGUAUUAUUGAAAAGUGGCCCAAGGAAGGCUGACUUACCGUUUGUUGCGAAAAUUGCAGCACUUUGGGAAAAUCCGGAUGAUGGGGAAAUGAUGUUCUCAUUACUUUGGUACUACCGGCCCGAACAUACUGAACAGGGUCGGACAGAUUACGAUACUGAGGAUGAGGUGUUUGCCUCCCGUCACCGUGAUGCCAAUAGUGUUGCUUGUAUAGAAGAUAAAUGUUAUAUUCUUACAUUCAACGAGUACUGUCGAUAUCGCAAAGAUUUACGAAGAAUGGAGGAAGGUUUAGAAUCACCAGGUCUCAUAGUACCUCCAGGGGAGCAUCGAUAUCCCCGUAAAUCCAGACAGCCUCCAAUUCCAGUUCCUUCAGACAUGGUACUUUUUUGUCGACGAGUAUAUGACUAUCGUGGGAAAAAACUUGUGAAAAAUCCUGGAUGACUUGACAUUGUAUAACUUAAGCUGAGAAUGGGAAUCAAUGAAGUAGAUGAGCACAAAUAAUUAAAAGGCAAAAAUUUCAGAGGGAUUAAUAUAUGUGUGUUGGAUGAUAACUGAUAAAUUUUCUCUUCAAAUUUUAUAGAAGAGAAUGAGAAGGAUGUACAAUUGAAAAACAUUUUUCUUGACCAUGAAAAACCAAUUGAAUGAAAAAUAACUCGAAAGAAAUGAAUAAUCGAAUAAUGUUGAACCUACUUUUUCAGCCGAAUUUAUAUUUUAUAGAAGAGAUAAGUCAUAUUUUUUGCAUAGUAGAUAAAAACAGUAGAAAAUGAAUGAAAAGAAGAGUUGAAAAAGCAUUUGUUCUUCAACAAAAAUGACAAUAGAAUAUUUCUUGUUUGAAGAGAAAAUUUGGUAGUUGAUGAGAAAUCCAACGAGAGAAUGAAAUCGAAGAACAAUAAAAAAUAAAAUUCCAAAAUUAAUACUUGACCAUGUUAGUAUUGAAAAGAAAGUGAUGAUAACCAGUAAAAAAUGAGCACGAAUAGAUUUUCAAUCAUGGCAUAGUCUCUGGAUGACUGGAUGUGUGAUAAACAUUUUUUUUUUUCAUCUACAAUUAAAUAUCGCGCAACGAUACACAUGUUUUUAAAUUCACAUUUUCAAUAUUUUCCAGCCCAUUUUAUUAUUGAUUCUUAUUUAACAUUCUUCUCUGAGGCCACCUCCAUCGUACUCAAUCAUCGAUAUGUAUAGGUAACCAUUGUUGAAGAUAAUAUUUGCGUCAACUCAGUUUUUCUUCUAGUGGUGUGGAAAUAAUCAAUUUUUCUAUCAAUAUCUACAUUUUUCGUUCAUCUUCUACAAUAAUAAGUUUCCAAAAGGGCUAUUUCAUCAUAGAAUGGUGAUGAGGAACUAGGGAAUCAGGUUUUUAAUGAACUAAGGUCCAUUAUUAAUAUGAGGUUUAUGGUUGAAAGCAAUUGAAGACAAAGUCUCUUCUUUUAAAUUAAAAAUGAAGCUAUCUUAGCACUCAAAAAGUAAGCAAGAUAACAAUGGCAGCAUUUUGCUUCCUUGCCAAUCUCGGUAUCUGAAAUGUAUUUCCCAAAAACUAGAGAAAGAAUACAUAAUUUAAUUAGGAUUGCGAUUUCCAAUGGACUUUGAAAUUUCAUUGCAUUGCAUUCAAAAUUCGGACAACCCCUGCGUCAUCUUUUAUACAUUUAUUUUUGCAUCCAUAAAUUACGUAUACUUGGCGUAUCCUUUCUCGCACAGUGAAGAAAUAUAUAUAUAUAUAUAUAUUAUAUAUAUAUAUAGAGAGUGCCCGGCGCGAUAUAUAUAUACAUGUUUUAAAAUAUAUCUAUUCCUAUAUACUUUUUUUUUAUUAAGUGGGUGUUCAUUUGUUGAAAAAUUUAUAUUAUUUAACUUAAUAUAUUACUAUUACGAUUGGUUAUCUAAUAUAUGAACUUUAGAUGCUAAGUUUUUUUUUCUCCAGAGAGGUGUGCGCAAAUAAAUUAAGGGAAUUAAACUUAGUGAACAAAAAAUUGAAAAUAAUGAUGACUGGUCAAUCCCCUCAUUUACAAAUACCAAAACUUUUUUCUUAAUGAAGAAGCAAUAUUCUUUUGGAAACAUCUUUUCACAAUUUACAUUUUAUUAAUUUAUUAAUUUAUAGCGUUAGUACCCUUUGAGUUGAUUAAAAAUCCAUCCAAUUUUUAUCAUUGUGUAAUGUACAAUUAUCCUUGCAAUGAAAACAACGCUGAAGAAAUUUAAUGGUAAACAGGAGAAGAGAAUUAAAAAAAAACUAUUCAAUGUCUUAUUUAUUAUUUGUAUUUAUACCUCUCGGUCAAUUGAUUUUCAUUUUUUUCAUUGAUUCCAAUAAAUGUAUUGUACAAAUGUUUAAUGAAUAAAUGAUAGCGAUGAAUACUUAC